AUCAUUUUUCUUUGAGUCAGAGUAGACUUAGAAGCUCAGGCUGAACUUGAAGUAGUUUUUACACACAGCCGAGUACUUGAACAAGGGAUAGCAAUCAUCACAUCGCUAAGGAGAUGGCGAUAAUUUGGAUCGCCUGUUUUCUUUUAUAUUUUCAGUGUCCAGGUUCUAAGUCUGAGCCAUACUAUGGAGUAAAAAUUGGCAAAUUUAUUACACAUUUUCAUAAUAUUCAAGGGGAUGUAUAUACAGUAGAUGAUAAAACAAUGUUUGUUAAAGGCUUUCAUUAUGAUGGUAAAGGCCCAGAUGCCUAUUUUUGGGCUGGCACAAGCAGUAAACCAGAUACUUCCGGGUUUAUAGUCAGUCAUAAUAAAGAAUCAUCAAAUAUUCUAGAAAAAUCGGAUAAUCAAGAUAUGAUUCUCCAAUUACCAGAUGAUAUGAAAAUAGAAGAUAUACGGUGGUUAUCGGUUUGGAGCAAAAAGUUUUUGACUAGUUUUGGAUAUGUUAUUUUUCCCGAGACGAUUGUACCGCCUCGGCCAGUUCUUAUCGGCCCAUUAAGAGACACGUCAAAAGGUGUAUCAACUGGUAACAUAUUGAUACUUGAUUCUCAAACCUUUUUAAUACCUGAUUUCAACUAUGAUGGAUCUGGAAAAGGAGUAUAUUGGUGGUUAUCUAAAGAUGUGGAAUCAAAUAUGGAUGAUAUAAAACUACUUGAAGAAGAUGGAAGGGACUCACCUGUAAAAGAACACAUUGGUAAAACUGUCGUUAUCAUCUUACCUGAUGGACAUUCUGUAUUAGAAUACAAUGUUUUGAGCUUACGGAGUCUUGAAGAUAAUGAAGAUUAUGGUUCCGUGGAAUUACCAACUAAUUUAAAUAUUCCACCCUCACCUCGUAACCUUGGAUUAGUACCAGAGCAAGAAACGAAUAAACUGAAUUGUGAGAUGCUGAACGACAACUUAAGCUUACAAGUAAAAUGGGCUAUUCAACGAAAUGAUAUCAUCAUUCAUUUGACUGGAAAUGUUGGAAAAUUACAAUACAUGGCUUUAGGUUUGAGUAAAGACGAUACUGAAACUAAGUUUGAUGCGUCUGAUGCAAUAGUUGCUUGGCUUGAUGAGAAUGGCAGAGGUCAUGUUGAAGAUUAUUUCUUAGAGAGCAUUGAAAAGUGUGAAAACGGUCAUGGAAUGUGCCCGGAUAUUUCUCAUCAAGGGUCUAAAAAUAAUAUCGAAAUGGUAAACACCACAAUAUCUGGUAAUACAACAACUAUUGUCCUCAAGAGGCCAUUAAAAGCAGAAGACCAGGUAUAUGAUCAAAACAUUUAUACAGAUGGGCCCCAAGCCAUUCUUUGGGCAGUUGGAUCAAUUCAAAAUGAAAAUUUUGUCGAAUCCCCAAAAUUUCGCUCCAGAGGUAAUCUUCUACUAGACUUUGGUAGAGAUCCAAUUUGGAAUUGCCCUCAAACAAAUGAAAAUGAAAUUCAAGUUGUGAAACCUAAACAUGUGUUUGAAAUUCAUUGUCCAAGUGAUCGUAUUUUUAGAGCACAACUUGGGCCUGCAGAACGUAAGUUUAAACCUGAAUUUAAAAAAUAUUACAGGAAAGAACUAGUGUGGUACAUCAAUGGAUUACCGACACCUGAUUUGACAGUGCAAAGAGGAGAAAGUUACACUUUCAUUGUAGAAGGAGGAAAUACUCCAAAUAAACGGCAUCCGUUCUAUAUUACCGAUAGUAGUGAUGGCGGCUAUUUACUUAAGGCAUCAGAGGGCUCGAAAGAAGAGUUUUUUGCUGGAGUAGUUAGAGAUUCAAAUACCAACAUAUUCUUUCCAACUGUCGAAGGAAGAUUAUGCGAAUGGAAAAUAUCUGUUUCUGAUCCAGAAGAUUCUAUAAACUUGUCAUCAAGUGAAUCAACCCAACCAUUAACUCUCAUCUGCGAGUUUGGCACCUCAAAAAAUCUUACAUGGACUCCAGAUUCAAAAACGCCAAACACAGUUUAUUAUCAGAGCUUUACCGAAAAAAACUUCGGUGGAAAAAUUAAAGUCGUAGAUUUUUGUGAAGAAACCAAUCCCUCCUUCUACUUAGAAAAUGAAUUUAGAGAAAUUCAUAAACCGAGCCUGAAGGGAUAUAGAUCCAAACCAGGAGUGGAAAGGGAAGAUCUAUUUAGUGAGUCUGAAGAAAUGAAUCCCAGCAAAAAUCAAAAAGAAUUUCAGGAGAAAGAAUUGGAGAAUAACGAAAGUAAAGAAGUCAAAGAUUUGCACUACGCAGAAUUCGAAAAUACGUCAGACGAGAAACCUGAAAGUAUUAAAACACUUAUGAUGACUGAAAAUUGGAAGAGAACUGAUUAUUCCGAAAGUUCAAAUCCAGAAAAAAAUUUAAAAGAACUUGAAAACUCAUCUGAAGAAACUCAAAGUAACAGUGAAUCUUUAGACAUAGAUCAACAUUUUUCUACAGAUUCUGACCAUCCUCAUGAUGAAUCUGAAAGAUCCGACAGAAACGUACAUCAUCAGCAUCUAAGAUUAGAAAACACAAUAAGAAAAGGUGAGAUUCCUCCAAAAGCAAUAGCCUCAAAUGAAGAUUUGGCUUCAUCGCAACUCUCAGUUUCUCAUACUUCUAUACAAAGCUUAAGUCCUGCAAGUACAAAACAACAACAAGGAUUUAAACCACAUUUUGAAGGAGGAUUUAUACCAUUAGUAUUGAAUCCCAUAAAAGAAAGGGAGUUACAACUACCCCAGUUUCCUUCUUCAUCUCUUCGGAGACCUCACCGUCCUUUCUUAUUUAAUGAGUCUAUACCAUUCCAUGGUACAUUUAAACCUGGUGUUCCAGAUUUCAGUGGCUUCAAUAUAUCAAGCUAUUCCCAAGAAGAAUCGAACUAUCCUGUAAACCAUGUUCAAGAUAAUAUUCCGAUGUUAUCAGCUCCAAAGCCUCAAAUGGUUCAAAAUCAAAUUUCACCCAUUAAUUUACAAGCAGAAUUAUUUAAAAGACAAAAGCGCCCAAUGCAACAUCAAUACGUAUUUCACCCUCCUCCUCGACCACGCAAUCAAUUCCUUCAUGCACCAUCACAUGGCUCAUUACUAAAUCUUCACAUUUCAAAUGUUCGAGAUGAAUUAGAGCAAGUGUCAUCUCAACGAGUGCAAGUGGCGCUUCAGUCUAUCAAAGAGGAUAAAAACAAUCAAGGCCUCCUUCCACCAUUUCACACAAGGCCAAUGCAAAAUAGAAAUCAAAAACCGCAUAAUCUAAUACAUUCUCCUCCAAUACAGCGUCGUCCUGAUAUUGUUGAUGGAGAAGUCCCAUCGAAUAUGCGACCUUUUCAGCGGCCGGCAGGAAGCAACCGUCAUGAACCAGUACUUAAGAAAAAUAUUGAACCUCAACGAAUCACACCAGAACUUCAAAAUGGACCGAUGAGAGCCCCAUAUAAUGGCCGACGCCCGCUUCCUCUUCUUAAAAGCACGUUCAAAGAUCCAUCGGACAAUGCUGUUCGUAGAGUGCCUCCUUUAAGAUUGGACAGAUUUCAGAAAGCUCCUAUUCAAAACAGGCUAAGAAUUCCUAUGUUCCCUGUUAAUCAAGCUAAUCCAGUAAUUUCCGCUGUACCACAAUCAUCAGAAGAUAUCCUAAAAUCCAUGGAAAAUGAGAAAAAUGCAGAAAUAGAGCACCUGCCGUUUCAAUUGAAAAAACAAUUACAUGGACAGUUAUUCGGUGCUCCAGGUAUGUUGCAUCUGGAAAACAAAGAAUUGCGUCCACAGCUGUUCUCAGCCAAUCCUCACGUCAUAAUUCGACAAAAUCAACUUCGUCCUCCACAUCAGUCCCAAAACAGCCAAGAAAUGAAUCUUAAAAACAUUGCAAUUUCAACAAAUAAUUUAAAACAGCAUAAUGCACCGAAAGAUUCACACCACAUUCACAACUCAACAGCAUUAUCUACUUCAAUCUUAAACAUACCCCAAGAAAAUAGUUACUCUCUAAACAAAUCACUCAGCAGCAAUGAAAAUUAUCCUGUAUCUUCCAGCUCUGAGGAAACUGAGAGUGAACCAGAGAUAUUUUUAACUGAUACUAGUGAAGUUGCAGAUGAAGAUAAAUUAUACGAUCAAAAAAAAAAUUUAAGUGAAUUCAGUUCAUCAAAUGAAAAUACCUUUGAAAAUAAUACAAGUAUUGAAUUCCACUUAACCGAGGAAGUUUCAGAUCAUGCUAUUGAUUAUGAAGCUCCCUUUGGUGCGCGGCUGAAACCAAGACCAAAUGAUAAAUCUAAACAGAAAGUGAACGCAAAUCCGAUUCCCAAAAGUCCAAUAAAUUUUUUAAGAAAACCUCAACUACCAUCACCACAAGUAACAUUUUCCAAACCAAGUAAUAUAGAAAACAUAAAGCCUUUGGAAGAAAGUUCUGGCAUACACUUACCAAGUGAACCGAGUUACAUCGAUCUACUUUCAUCAAUAGAAAAUGGAGAAAGUAAUUUGCGAAAUUAUACUAAUUCUAAUAUUUCAGAGGUAAAAGAAAACAAAAGUUCUCAACUUCCGGAACAUUUAUAUGUCAAUAAGAUACAAGAUUUGCCGUCAUUUGUUGAAACAGAUUUCAUAUCUUCAGAUAAUUAUCCCGGAAGAAAACACAUUCUUCCUAGUACUUCAAACAUAACGUUUACAAAUACGCCUGUAAGAGCACCGGAAGAUAUUAAUCUGCCACAUAUAUCAGAAAAACCACCUUCACAUGAUAACGGCACAGAUUUUUCUAUUUUAAAUCAUGUUUUGUAUAUCAUUGGUGGACAAACAAACUCGGGACACUUUCAGAGAGACUCGGGAAAAGAAACACAAUCUUGAACAAUCAAUCAAAAUCAUACGCUCAAGUUAAGAACUUAGUGGAAAAACAUGUAUACAAACAUUCAAAUCCCAGGUUUAAAAACAUAUUAUUAUCAGUUCUAAGUAUAGAAAAUCUAUUUAUUUUGCCAAUCAUUAAGUAAGACAGUUUUUAGUCGAAAAAAUUUACAACUUAAAUGUUUUGUUUACAACUAUCUAAUGCUUCAUUACAAACUAAUGUUAAUUUUUUUCAAGUUCACUGAAACACCUUUCAACAUCUUUUUCCACUUAGAUUUUCAUAUAUAAAAGAAGAGCAAAAAGUUUUAACAGUAGGUUUGAAUUUCUAUAUCAUUUUAUUUUACAAAUUUCAAUACGUAAAAUCAUCGAUAUACUUUUACCGUAUUUCAUUCAUCUUUCAAAGCAAACAUAUUUAUAAAUGAAAAUACACAUUUUUAUUUUUCUCUUACAUCUGUGAUUUAAUCAUCAAGAUAAAUUUCAAUCUUAAGUUAUAAAUAAAUGGCAGGUCCAUUUAUUCAACAUCAUCGUCUUCGUAAACUUAGAAUGCAUUGCAUCUUUUUUGUAACUGUAUCAUGAAAAUAAAGUUUUAAUCAUUAA